AUGAAGUCGUGCAAAGCCAGCGGCCCGCCCUCCUCCCCCGCCUCCUCCUCCCCGUGCGCGGGCGCGGCGCCGUGCGCAGGCUCGUGCCCCGGGCCCGGCCGGCAGGAGAGCGCGGCGCGCCGGCGCCUGGCGGCCAACGCGCGCGAGCGGCGGCGCAUGCAGGGGCUGAACACGGCGUUCGACCGGCUGCGCAGGGUGGUGCCGCAGUGGGGCCAGGACAAGAAGCUGUCCAAGUACGAGACGCUGCAGAUGGCGCUCAGCUACAUCAUGGCCUUGACGCGCAUCCUGGCCGAGGCCGAGCGCCUGGGCUCCGAGCGCGACUGGGCCGCCGCGCACUGUGAACACUUCGGCCGCGACCAUCGCUACCUGCCCGCGCUCGCCGCUGCCAAGCUGCCCGGCGAGCCCGAGCCCUACGGCCAGAGGCUCUUCGGCUUCCAGCACGAGCCCUUCCCCAUGGCCAGCUAGCCGCGCCUCCCGGUGCCCCCCCCCCCCACCGACCUCGCCCGAGAGCCUGCGGAGGGUGGGGGCGGGGAAUGGUAAAACACCCGAGGACGCCGGUCGUUGCCCCUGUCCCUUAGUAUAUUUUGUAGAUCUCCUCGAUGAAACCCGAGAGUGACUUUGAUCGCCGAGAAAACCAUGCCCUACCCUCAUUUCUGGACUACCUGCAGGGAAGUGAUUGCAUUAGGCCACGCCAAAGUUUCGGUCCCCAGAGCAAUGACCACCUUCUUAAACUUUGUAACUUUGUGCCGACCCGGCGAAGCAGUCUCUCCACGCGUGUCUCGGGUGCGCUCAACACACCUUCGUGUCCUGCAAAUGCGCGGGUGCUCCGGGUACGACGUGCGCAUGCGCCUGGUAAAGCCACCCUCCCGUAGAGUCCUUGAGUAUGAGCGCUCUGUAUUUUUUUAAACUGUGUACACGUCAUUAAAAUAUAGAUUUUGUAAAAAUAUAAAGAUAACGUGAGUUUGUUUCUUCAUGCUAACUAUCCUGCUAGUUUCCUGACGACUGAAAGCCUAUGUGAGGCUGAUGGGGAUGGAGUCUUUGCAAGUGUAACUGCGGAAUGCUUAGAGCUAAUCCCGCCAAGCAAGACGUGCGCGCGUGUGUCUCUAGCACCUAGAGGAAUUCAGCAGUUGUCAGGGCAGCCAGAAUGAAGACCCUGUCCCAGAAAAGCCCAAACAAACAGAGAUCUCAGGAGAUCACGUGUGCUGGAAUAGUC